UGAAACAGUUCAUGUCACACGGAUUUCUUCGAUAGGAUGUAACACUGCAAGUUGCACAGUCCUGCAUCCACCAUCCGUUAGUUCGACUCCCGAACAAAUGAUUGAACUAUUAUAAACUAUACUUUGAUAAACAAUAAUUGGAGUGAUUUGGACCUUUAAAACGAAAGUCCUUUUUCUCUCGAGCGGUAUAAGUGAGUGAUGUAUAAAUGCGGACUGCUCAGUGGAGUCAGGCAACGAAGGAGUAAAAAGUAAGUGCGAGCUGGGGAGCGAGCGGGGGAGCGCGCGCCAGAGAGGGAGCGAGAGAACGCCAGCGGACCUCAAGACCGAGGGCGAAAGGAGUGUGUCGCGGUUCCUGCUAUAAUAACAGCUUCUAAAAACCUCCACUAACAGCGAACGCUGGAAGCGGUCCAUCAGCCAAACCUGCUCAAAAUGAUUAUCCAACUCCUAUGGUUUCUUGUCUGCGGCAGUCAAGCUGUUCUGCAGGUAUCCAUAUCCUUGAACAAGGUGGAGCUAAGUGUGGGAGAGUCCAAGUUCUUCAAAUGCACAGUGAUCGGAGAGCCGGUCAACCUGGAGUGGUUUAACCCCCAGGGGGAGCGCAUCGUGUCGUCCCAGCGUGUGGCCCUGCACACCGGGGAGGACAGCUCCAGGCUGACCAUAUAUAAUGCUGAGGUGGAGGACGCGGGCAUCUACCGCUGCCAGGCCACCGACGCCCAGGGACAGACACAGGAGGCCACCAUGGUGCUGGAGAUGUACCAGAAGCUGACGUUCCGCAACGCGAGGUCCCCCCAGGAGUUCCGUCACGACGAGGCGGCAGAGGUGGUGUGUGAUGUCAUCGCCUCCCCGGCACCCGCGGUCACUUGGUUCUACCAAAAGGGCUUCAGGAGCAUGGAGAUCACAGAGGAGCACUACAGCAGGUUCCAGGUGCUGCCCAACAACAACCUGCAGAUCCACAAGGUGACCAAGGCAGACGAGGGCGUGUACCGCUGCGAGGCGCGAGUGGAGGCCCGCGGCGAGAUCGACUUUGUCGACAUCGAGGUGGUGGUGAAUGUUCCUCCUGUGCUGUCGGUACUACAGCAGUCAUUCAAUGCCACAGCAGAUUACCAGGAGUCAGUGACUUUCACCUGCACCACAUCAGGAUCCCCCAACCCCGAGGUCACCUGGCACAGGAAGGGCCAGCAGUUGGAAAGGUCAGAGCAAUAUGUCCUCAACACCAUGGAGGCAGGCAGGAGUACCCUGACCAUCCGCAACAUCAUCCAGGGGGACGGGGGCGACUAUACCUGCCGAGCCACCAACAAGGCCGGGGCAGAGGAGAGGGAGCUCUUCCUCAAAGUGUUCGUCCAGCCACACAUCACCCAGCUGCGUAACGUGACGGCGGUAGAGGGCAGCGCCGCCAUGAUCUCCUGCGUGGCUGAGGGGGAGCCGCUCCCUGAGAUCUCCUGGAGGAGAGCCAGUGAUGGUCAGAGCUUCGCAGAUGGAGACAAGAGCCAGGAUGGGCGUGUGGACGUGCGGGGCCGCCAUGGCAAGUCCAUGUUGACCAUCAGUGGGGUGAAACUAACUGACUUAGGCCGUUUUGACUGUGAGGCCCUCAGCAGGAUCGGGGGCCACCAAAAGAGCAUGUUCCUCGAUAUCGAGUACAUGCCCAAGUUCCAGACCAACCAAACCAUCUUUUACUCGUGGGAGGGCAACCCAGUAAACAUCAGCUGUGACGUCAAGUCCAACCCGCCCGCCACUAUGCUGUGGAGGAGAGAACGCCUCACCAUCUCAGCCGAGGGCACUGCCAACACACGCAUCCACACGACCGACAGCAAGUCCCUGCUAGAGGUCACCCCAGUGUCCGACAGGGAUUUCGGACGCUACAACUGCACGGCCCGGAACAACAUCGGAGUGAAAUACCAGGAGUUCAUCUUGGCCCAGGCAGACGUGCCCUCGAACCCGUACUCGGUGCGCUUGUCGGCCGUGUCACAGCGCAUCGCCACGGUGACAUUCAUGAAACCCGACUCACAUGGCGGUGUACCCAUUGGCCACUACCUGGUCAACUACAAAGAAGUGGGCUCGCAGGACUGGAGAGACGUCAAGUCACAUGGCGUCCAGACGAUAGUACUUCUGACAGGCCUAGAGCCCAACACCACCUACGAAGUGAGAGUGGCUGCAGUCAAUGGGAAGGGCCAGGGGGAGUUCAGUCACACGGAGUCCUUCCAGACUUUACCCAUACGUGAGCCCAGCCCUCCGGCAGUGCAUGGCCAGAGAGGGAUGGGAAAGACCUACCGGCUGGGUCUUGUCAAGCAAGACGACGGGGGCAUGCCCAUCGUGGAGUACAUUGUCAAGUACAAGACAGACAAGGAGGAGCAGUGGAUGACGAAGCUGGUGUCGGGGCAGCAUGACUUUGCCCUACUGCAGCCGCUGCAGUGGAACAUGCGCUACGAGGUGGAGAUCACAGCUCGCAACGUCAAGGGCCUUUCGGAGCCCACCUUCUACCAGUUCUUCAUGCCCCAGAAACCCGACAUCAUAGCAGACUCCCUGUUCAGCGGCCUAGGGUUGGGGCCUGUGGUGGGCCUGGGCCUGGUCGGCGUCCUCCUGGUCCUCGUAGUGGUGGACGUCAGCUGCUUCUUCCUGCGCCAGUGUGGCCUGCUCAUGUGUAUCACGCGCAAGCUCUGCAGCAAGAAGACGACCACCAGCGGCAAGAGCAAGGAGAUGGAGGAGGGCAAGGCCGCCUACCUGGGCGAUGGGUCCAAGGAUCCUAUCGUUGAGAUGAGAACGGAAGAGGAGAGAAUAACUAACCACGAUGGGAGCCCAGUGCACGAACCCAACGAGACUACUCCUCUCACAGAGCCGGAGAAGCUACCGCUGAAGGAGGAGAACGGGAAGGAGACGCUCAAGCCCGACAUGAUCGAGAUCAAAGUGCACAGCGACAACAGCAUCCACACAAAGCGGGACGACAGUAAAGCAUAAAACGUGUGUGCCCUUUUGCCCCUCGCUGCAAACGAGAACAUUUCGGAGCAUCUUACCCUGUGAGAUCAAAAUACAGAAAAUAACACAACACAUAAAAAAAUAUAUGUCCAUAAGGGCCCAGAGAAAAAGAAAAGUUUGUGUAAAUACAAAUGAGAGAGCAAGCCAGAGAGAAAGAGAGAGGAAUACCCCAACAACAAGCGUUUAUAUGUGACUAAUCAAUUAUAUUGUUUCUAUCCCAGAUGGCUCCAGUCAAGGACACUUUGUGUUGAUCAGUGAUUGUAAUAUUGUUUUGUUUUUUUCCUCCGACUUUGGUUUUGUUGUUGUUUUUUACGCGUUUGCCGUUGCUUAUCCGUUGCUUUUAUUUAUUUUCCUUCCCCCUCUUAUUCAAUCCCCAUUUGCGAAAACACCCGCUCCUAAACACAUGCAUAAACACAUACACACAUACACACCAAAGCUCUCUGUCACAUGGAUAAGUACCGCCACUAUCAACUCCCAUUCAAGUCUGCUGUGCCUGGUAAAAAGAUCUCCAACAGUAGCAUUUACAGAGUAAGCUACCCUACCCUCACUGCAGCAGCCUCGUCUGUAUUCUAUUGCGGCUCUGGUCUAAGAUGUGAUGUCUGGGCUGUCCUGUCUAAUGCUUGUGUACUACGCUACAUUCGCCCCUAUAUGCCUGAGUAUGCCCACUCCUCUUUGAGCUUCCGGCUCAGAGAAAGUUGAGCUUGCUCAUCGCUUAUGCGACCAUUUUGUUUUGUUUUUCUUUUAAAGAAGAUGAAAAAAUUAACAGGUACUGUAAAGGUACCUUUGCACAUUGUAGUGAUAUUCGUCUUGGUGUGUCUGAAUGAGAGCUUCCACUGAAGCGUGUGUCUGCUGUUAUAAGUGUGAGAGCUAUUUUUGUGUAAAUAUAUUCAGCAUAUUUGAUCAAAAUCGUUUGCGUUAACUAUGCAAACCGUCUGUCUCCAUUAUUUUACUAGUGUACCAUGUAUUUCCAUAAGGUAACAGCAUGACAGGAAAAAACAUCUCUGAUGAUAACAGCUAUUUGUUAGCCAGUCGGAAAGAAUCCCCCAAGAUCCAUUAUGGUUCUAGGUGGUUACAUCUGGGAAGACUACAUGGUCAGUACACAUGGUCUGUGUGGUCAGGAAGUAAGCCAGGAAAUUUUAAAUAUUUUGAACAGAAUAUGAACAUCGUUACACCUGCCACUGUUGACCAAUGAGCUGGCUUCAUUGUAGGGGAUUGUGCAAGGCUGUGUUUUAGCACUGGUUUUGAUGUGAUGCCAUGACCAAUAAUGUCAAAAACAGAGUACUGCUGUUUUUUGGCAGAAAAUUCAUCUGUACCGAGCCCUUAGAGUUAUAGGUAAUGUUUCCUGUGUAUAUGUUAACCGUCUUCAUGGUGUAUCCGUAACCAGGCUACAGCGCUUGUUAUCUCACACAACAAUAAACAACAGAGACCAUUUUGUGUUAUUUCAUGGUUACUCUGCUUUACAUUGAA